AUGAGUGAUACAGCAAAUGAUGAUAAUGAAAUAAUUCCUCAAUUUAAAUGUCCUGAUUGGGGAACAGUUCCACCUUAUAAUGCAUAUCUAGAAGUAUCAAAGAAUAAAGAAGUAAUAGAAACAAUCAAGCUAAAUACAAACAAAUCACAUGUCUUUGGUAGAAGCGGUGAGUUUUCACAGAUAACAUUGGAUCAUCCUUCAGUAUCGAGAAGACAUGCUGCUUUGGUAUAUCAUGGUGCCAAUGACAGAUUCUAUCUUAUAGAUUUACAAUCAGCUAUGGGUACAUUUGUAAAUGGUGAAAGAAUCAAAGAGAAUCAACCGGUUUCAGUAAAAGAGGGAUUCAAGUUUUCGUUUGGUUCAUCAUCGAGAACUUACGUUUUGAAAGGUAUCUCUGGCAGUAGCAACAACAGCAGUAAACCAGCAGGACCAUCAAAAGUAUCGGUCAGACAUCUCUUGGUGAAACAUCGUGAGUCAAGAAAUCCAAGAUCAUGGCGUCAAGACAAUAUCACUAUCACCAAAGAAGAGGCAAUCAAACAACUUCAAGAAUAUAGAAAUCAAAUUCAAACAGGUCAAAACAGUUUCGAAUCACUCGCUAAACAGUUUUCCGAUUGCAGUAGUGCCAAACACGGUGGAAUGUUAGACGCAUUCACCAGAGGUCAAAUGCAAAAGCCAUUCGAAGAUAUGUCAUUUUCAUUACAAGUAGGUCAAUUAAGUGAUAUUGUAUCAACAGAUUCAGGUGUACAUAUUAUUGAAAGAAUGGCAUAG